CAAUGGCGGACGCGGCUUUCAAGGACAUUCCAGAGAUCUUCGAGAUCGAGCUAGGAGAAUCACUAGUCGCCCGGACAGAAAGUCUAUCAACAUUCAGAGAACUAGGACCACCGGAUUUGUGUCAUGUGGUGAAGACAGCAGGGAAGAGCGGACAGCGAGACGUUGGCUCAUACCACUAUGUUUCUGGCGUCGACGCAUCCUCGUCUGCAUCACUGGCCGCCUAUAUUAACUCCCUUACAUAUGCUAUUGAAGAACCCCAAGCUUGGUUCACGAAGGGCCCAUCAUGGAAGGUCAAGAAUGGUUGCUACUGUACAUUCAACGCAUUCUCGAGAGUCGAUGUCAGAGUGGAUGUAAAGAUCCCAGGUGGUGUAGUCGCGUAUGUGAUCGACCUGCGUGGCGAGCGGUACGAGGCCACACCUGAGAUGUGGCAAGAAACCUACCUCUCCGCUCUCCUCCGUGCAAUCCUCUACUCCGACGAUCCAACAUACUGGCUAGAUGCAUACAGACGCCUUGACCCCAUAUCGACUCCAGAAGCUGAGCUCAGGUUCCUGCAGGCCGCUGAAGCGCUGUUUCUCAAAGGUUGGCAAGUUGGUUCAGAUCCAGAGAUUCAGGUGGCGACGGUCGUGUCAAAUCAUCUCACGGCUGGUGUGCUCAAGUACUUCGGGGACAGCGGACGGUAUCAGCAUGCUGCCAACCUCUUCGAGAAACUUACCGCCCGGGAGCCUGAAGUGGCGUCACUAUUAGCCAAGAGCUACAUCGGCAUGAGCGAAGAGGUGAAAGCCGUCCAGAUCAUGUCUCAUGCGAUGAAGCAGACUCCGCAAUCCUAUACCCUCCUUCACACUCAAUGCGACUUCCUCCGGUCAAAAGGCAGACUCGACUGGGCUCUCAAACUCGCGAAACAAGCCGUCAACUGCGCACCGAGCGAGUUCGUGACCUGGGAAAAGUUAACGGAGAUCUACAUUGACAUGUCGCAGUAUGAGUCGGCUCUCCUAACGCUCAACUCCUGCCCUAUGUUCACCUUCAACGGCCGCGACGCCCACCGCUCACUCACCGCCGCCCGCCUCCACCUCCCCAUAAAACAAACCGUCUCCGAAAUCCUCCCCGAGCGCGAAAAAACCGACGACGACGAAGCCGACCCUGCUCUCCUCCGCCUCCCCGCCCCAGGGCUCCGCGGCACCUGGUCCAGAGCCUACAACCUCCUCACGAAGCUUGUCUCGCAGAUCGGGUGGGACGAACUGUUGAAGACGCGGAGCGCGGUGUUUGUUAUGGAGGAGGAGUAUAGGAUGCAGAAGGCGCAGAGUGAGAUCAGCGCGGCCGUGGCGAGCACUUCGACGCCGACGAUGGGGGGCGCGAAUGGAGCGGGCGAUGAGAAUAGUGUGGUGGAUACGUUGGUUUCGGGGCAGACGACGUUGGGGGGCCAUGUCGGUGCGGAUGACGAUGCGUCGAUUAGAGGCGUGAGGAGCUCGGAGUCGAAGAACGACGUGACGAAUGGGGACGCGAUGAAGACGCCGUCUACGGGACAGGGGCAUGGACAUUCGGCGACGUUGAGCGCUGCGAGUACAGGAAGUAUGGGGAUUCCGACGAUUAGGAUCUCGACGGAGUCGAGUCGGGAGGCGAGGGCGCAGAAUGAGUUCGCGAAGGCGGCGGCGGAGUAUGAUGCGCGGUCGAAGAAGAGUAUAGAUUCGACGGUGGGGACGGAGUCGGAGGCGAGUGGAGAUGAGGAUGGAAAGGAAGUGAAUGGACAUGGAGAGAAGGCGAAAAUGGAUGUGAAUGGGGCGGCGUUGCAGCAGCCGGCUGCUGUACAGGCUGCGGUCGGUGGAGAGGCAGGCGAGUCGGAGAAGGAUGACGGGAUGGGUGGUGCAGCCGUAGCCGAGAAGGAGCCGUUCUCGUUCAGCAAUAAAAGGUUGUGUGAAAGGUGGUUGGAUAACCUGUUCAUGGUAUUAUAUGAGGAUCUCCGAGUAUGGACCAUCUUCCGCGCCGAAGUCGCACACUUUAAGACUCAGCACGUAGCUUACCGCAAGACGGGCAUGGAAUGGGAGAUCCUCGGCGACCUUGGGCUCCGACUUCAUCACAAAGAGGAAGCCAAGGAGGCAUACCAGCGCUGUUUGGACACGCCGAGAUACUCGUUGAAGCCUUGGUCGAAGUUGUUGGAGACAUACUCAGAAGAAGGAGACUUGAUGAGAUCGUUACAGGCUGGAAUCCGGGUCGCGGCGUAUCAGCAUGCGGAAUACGCUGAGCUUGUCUACCCCUCACAGAUCGGAAGGUGUUUCUUCAAGCUGGAGCAGAUCCACGGACACGCCAAGAUUUGGAAUACCCUCCUCAGCAUGGGCCUCCCACAGCCGAUCCUGCACAUCAUGCAGAGUUACCUUCAGUACGGACAAGUAUUCAAAGUGGAAGGAUUUGAUUUCUGAUUUCUGACUUUCUGAUACCUCGGCGUUCUUGCUUUCCUUCCCUUCCUGCGAGUAUGCUUCCGCCUCCCUGUUUUCCUUACGUCCCGAUGCCCUUGAUUUCGUUGUUAUUUGGACUGUUUGUAUGUGUCCGUUGUCAAAAUUGCGUUCAUCUCUGUCCAUUUAUUCGUUCGCGGAUGAUUCGUAGAUGUUCCUAGUGUGAGCUCAGGAGUCUAGCUCUCAAGAUAUCAUCGCUUCUUUGCGUACUACUUAUGAUUAUCUCUUUUC